UGCUCACCGCAGCUUAUGAUCUUCGAUUUAUCAACUGAUAAAUUGGUUAAACGCAUUACCGUCCCGAUCGACAUCGCCCAUAAUAAAACUGGCACUAGAUUGUUAUCGUCGGUUGCUGUUUUUGCCCCGCAUUGCAGAAAUGUGAAGAAUAAUGCGAUUGUAUUUAUGGCAGAUGUGGGAGGUGCUGGUUUAAUAAUACAUAAUGGGCGCACAUCAAAGUUAUGCAGAGUCGAAUCGGAUUACAUGAAACCAACUGAGCCUGAUUUCGUUUUAGCAAACAAGCGUUACAGAUUCGGCGACACUAUCUACGGCCUGACACUCAUUGGUAGAG